GAUGGCGGCCGUUAAGGACAGUUGUGGCAAAGGAGAAAUGGCCACAGGGAAUGGGCGGGGGCUCCACCUGGGGAUUCCUGAGGCCGUGUUUGUGGAAGAUGUAGAUUCCUUCAUGAAACAGCCUGGGAAUGAGACUGCAGAUACAGUAUUAAAGAAGCUGGAUGAACAGUACCAGAAGUAUAAGUUUAUGAAACUCAAGCUUGCUCAAAAGAAAAGAAGCCUAAAAGGUCAGAUUCCUGAAAUUAAACAGACUUUGGAAAUUCUAAAAUACAUGCAGAAGAAAAAAGAGUCCACCAGCUCAAUGGAGACCAGAUUCUUGCUGGCAGAUAACCUGUAUUGCAAAGCUUCAGUUCCUCCUACCGAUAAAGUGUGUCUGUGGUUGGGGGCUAAUGUAAUGCUUGAAUAUGAUAUUGAUGAAGCCCAGGCAUUGUUGGAAAAGAAUUUAUCGACUGCCACAAAGAAUCUUGAUUCCCUUGAGAAAGACCUUGACUUUCUUCGAGAUCAAUUUACUACCACAGAAGUCAAUAUGGCCAGGGUUUAUAAUUGGGAUGUAAAAAGAAGAAACAAGGAUGACUCUACCAAGAACAAAGCAUAAUGCUGGCAAUUAAAAAUGUGAUUCAGUUUUCCAAACAUGUUAUCUUAAAUACCCCUUUAUCCUUACAGGUUGACAUAACUUUGAAUGCUUUAACAGCAAGAAUUUUAAGAAAAGAUAAACAUCAUUUUAUUUAUUUAUAA